CAUAUCAACCAUGGAUCCUCCCUUCCACAAUGGUGUAGACACUGAAGCCUCCACACCACUUAACCCUCUCCAAGACUUGGAGUCACCUCACUGGCAGGGCGGUCUGGCUCUACCCUGCUGGCUCCUUUACUUUGAGCCCAUCAUGGCCAUCAGUGUUGGCACACUGCUGUUUGGAUCAGGCAAAGCCCUGUCCCCGCUCUACUUCACCCAGGUGGGUAAUGUUCCCUACAUGCUGGGGUCGUUGUUCGUCUCUGUGGGUCUGAUUUUCCUGGUCAUUGGCCUGGUCUGGAUCCCUGUGCUCAAACAGAGCCUGUAGCACAAGGUCGUCCCCAAGGUCAA